AUGGCUCGGUAUCGCCGAACUAUAUCCGAAGUACUCCGCCGGCGCACCUCGGCGCACGAACACGGACUCGGAGCACUGCGCUGAACGACUGAGCGGUCUCCAGCAACCGCACUCCACCUCUCACAACCAAUCUCUCCUCAUUUUUCGCACAUUCCGCUGGCUGGCUCUACACGUAGACAAUCAUACCGCAUGCUAUGACCGAAGGACAAACUAGACCCAAGGUGAAAGAGAUCAAGGAUGCAUACGACCGCCUCUUCAAUGUCUCCCUGAGCCUCUCGAAGAUCAAAGACGCGGCCCUGGGCGGCCGUCUGUUUCAAGCAGCGGACGACGCGCCGGGCGUUGCUGGGAGGAGUCUGGCUUGGAAGUUGUUUCUUGUGCAAGCAGAGCCGCUGCAGACGAAGGCGGAUGUGAUCUCUGUUUCCCCGCUCGAGGUGUUGCGUGCCGCGCGGCAUCAGUACACGACAUUGUUGCUAGAGAAGAUGCGGGCACCAGACGGUAGUUAUGAGGAAGGCCUGACCAUCCCUGGCAGUAAUGAGCCGCCAUCGAGGGCCGCUCAGACGCGCCUGGACCUGUCGAGGAACAACCCAUUGAGUCUGGACGACCAGAACCCAUGGACAGAGUGGUUUGCAUCAAUGGAGCUGCGGAAGGAAAUUCUGAAGGAUGUCGAACGCACGUUCCCCGACAUCGGCUACUUCCGCGACCCCGACGUACAGGCUCAAUUGACGAACAUCCUCUUCAUCCACUCGAGCUUGUAUCCAGAUAUAGGCUACCGUCAAGGCAUGCACGAGCUGCUCGCCCCACUCUACUAUGCAGUAGACUACGACUCCCUAGAUGAGAAGGACUCGAGCCUCGACGAUAGUAACGUCAAGGACUUCUGCUCGAGAGCAUGGAUCGCCGCGGAUGCAUGGGCACUGUUCUCCUCGGUGAUGAAUGGUGUCGGCCGGUGGUACGAAUGGCAGGACAGGAAGACCACCGAGAAAUCACCAUUGGCGUCUCACGUUCAGCUCAACGCCGGUUCUGGCGGGUCCUCGAUGAAGCCGUACGUCGCGCCGAUCGUGGAGGCGUGCAAUCGAGUGCAAUCGACUUAUCUCAAAUCGGUCGACCCGGAGCUCUGGAAGAGCAUGCAGAAUGCUGGUACAGAACCACAAAUAUACGGAAUACGGUGGUUGCGCCUGUUGUUCACGCGCGAAUUCGACAUGCACGACUCAAUGAUACUCUGGGACGGGUUGUUUGCGUGCGAUCCGUCCUUCAACCUGGCGGAAUGGGUGUGUGUCGCGAUGCUCAUUCGCAUACGCAACAAGCUCAUCCCAUCCGACUAUAGCAGUCAAUUGACUUUCCUCCUGCGAUACCCUUCGACACCCGGUGAUACGACCUCUGGGGAACUUACGGUGCACCACGCAACCCUUUUACUCCGUCAAGCUCUCACUCUGCAGAUGUCACCGAGCCCGACAACAGGCGUCUCCGUCAUCCACGAGAACCGUAACCUCUUGGACAUACCUGUGGAAGUGCCCGAACCACCGCCGCCGCCGGCGCGGCGCCGCCCGAGGCCGGGCGACCGGGGCCAGUCGUUCUCUUCGGGGAGUGGUACGAGUGCACAGCGAGGGCUGGGCGGUAGGGUCGGGCAUUCGCGUCAACAGUCGAACCCGAUGGCGCUCCCAGAGAUGCUGGCUCGUGGUCUCCUGGAGCGGGGUGAGAGUCUCGGGAUCAACAAGACUGUUAUGAAUGCGGUCUCGGAGCUCAAGCGCAAUCUGCCAGACCUGGCAAACUCGAUCGGAAAGCUUCCUUUGUCUCCACAGUCCGCUUACGCCGCAUAUCCUCUCCUCGACGAGAGGCCCACAACUGAGCGUCGUUCUUGGGAGUCAAGUUCGCGGUUCGAGGUCGAACGUGAACUCUCAGAGCUGCGCAAGGUCCAACGACGAUUAGGGGACUCCGUGGAAUGGAUCGUCGAUACCCUUCUGCAGGACGAGGGCGACGCGAACAAUAAAGAUACCAUUCGGAAGAGGAAACAAGAAGCACUGGAGUCGCUAGCAUACGUCCGGGACGUCCUCAAGAGUAAUACCACGGACAUACAAGAGGAACGUUUGAUCGGCGAAGAGGAAAGAAAACGAAGGGAGGCAAAAGAACGGUCAGAGAAAGAGAAGGAGGAUGAGCGACGAAGAGACAUCGAGCGAUCUACGCCGAAGCUACCACAGCCUGCGGCCGCCCCCUCUCGGCCGCAGGGUCUUGUGACGAGUAGGAGCUCGUCCGCCAUUAGUUCGUCGCAUCCAGGCAUUGCUCGCUCUCCACCCAAGUUCGGUACGAUCGCAUCCUCACACCCUUCCACCCUGCCAUCCCCACGCAUCCCCCCUUCGCUUGCGGCACCGCAGAAUCCCAUUGCACCGUGGACUUACACACGGUCAGACUUCUCGAGCAACAGCUCCCCUAUUACCUCCCUUCCCCGGAUCCCCCCGCCGACCUCGACGGCGCAGUGGACGCCAACUCCCACAACACCCGCAUUCCCGCCGCCAUCCGCAUCGCUUUCGGAGGUGCCUCCGAAUGCUUCGCGCGAUCAAGCUCCACGAAGAGGUGUCGAGCACGACCCCCUAGGGGCCCUGCUAUAGCAGAAAGCGAGUGCAUGUCGUAGCUAGCAUCCUGUACGGUACUGUAGAAUAUACUCGACUGUCUUGAGGACGGGGCUAAUGGCGUGCG